AUGUCAAAGAGAAGACUUUCUUCUCCUAGGCUCUUUUCAGUCAAAAGUAAUGAUAGCAACAGCAUUGAUGAUGUGGAGUUUUCACCACUCAAGAAUAAAGAUGCACAUGUGAAGAUCCCCAGCAUUUUCUUUGAGGACGGAAUGAGCUUGCUCAAGGUGUCGCUGAAGUCAAAGAAAAGAAUAUAUUUUCACAUUGAUCCUCAGACUUGGAUGUUCAUAUGGAAUGUUGCAAACAAGAGCAUAAACCCAUCAAUACUCCCGGUACUUAACAUCCAGAAGCUUUUUACAACCACAACAAUUGCAAGCAAGAAACUUCAGAAGUUCACUAUUGAUGAUGUAAAAAAAGUCUUAUACCAGCAGGAAGCCAGACACUUUCGAGACGAACUCAACAUUUCUCAGGAAUUUGAAAACCAGUGGAUCACCAUAUCCUAUUUCAAUGCCACCAAGAAGAAGAUGAAGACGUUGCACUUGAUAGCUGAUACCGAAGUUGAUGCCAAACGGUUCUUUAGCACCAUCAAUAACUUGAAGAAGCUAAGAGCGCAGCUACUGGACAAGUUCUAUAUCGACCUCGAUAACAUGGAUGAGGAGCAGAAGGAAUUGGUAAUGAUGAACUCUACUAGUUCUCCUUCAAAGCCCCAGAAAGAAUACUUAUCAUUUGAUGAUAUAGUGAAGUACAUUGCUAGGUUGAACAUCAACAUCAGUCGAAAUCACCUAAGAACCAUAUUCGAUAGUCUCGAUUUCAAAACGGUGGUGAACGAUGUCAGGGUGAUCAAUUUUGAAGAAUUCAAGGAGUUCAUUGCUCUUCUCAAGAGACGUGAUGAUAUAGACCAUAUUUGGGACCAGAUCUGUGGUGCUUCCGGUGCGCUGAAAGAGAUGGACUUUCGACUGUUCAAGAAAUUCAUUUCCAAAGUCCAAGGUGAGAAUUUUGAUGACGAAACCAAUGACAAGCUAUUCUACAAGUUCUGUAAUGAUACGAAUCAGUGGACAACAGAAAGCCUUAACCAGUUCUUGCUAUCUAAGUACUCAAAGCCAAUCAUUGAAGGUAGCCAUGAUGACGAUUACUACAACCAGCCCUUAAAUGAGUAUUACAUUUCUUCUUCUCAUAAUACUUAUUUGACAGGCAGACAAGUGGCUGAUGAUUCUUCUUCAGAGGGGUAUGUGAAAACUUUACAAAAAGGAUGCCGAUGUGUAGAAAUCGACAUUUGGGAUGGAGAUAACAUGGUAACAGAUGUCGAACCUGUGGUAUGCCACGGCAGGUCUUUCACUACAUCGAUCUCAUUGAGGAAUGUUCUCACUACCAUAAAACGGUAUGCAUUUGUGGCAAGUCUGUUCCCUUUGAUUCUUAGCUUGGAAAUCAAUUGCUCUCCCGAAGCACAACUACAAACAAGAAACUUGCUAUUAGAAAUUCUAGGUGAACUUCUUGUUAUCCAACCACUCAAAGGUGUAGCUCUCCUUCCUUCACCGAACGACUUAAAGUUUAAAAUCAUCCUCAAGAUCAAGAAAACCACUCCACACCACUUGGUCCUAACAGAAACAGGAAGCUUGACAUCGUCAACAGCCAGCACAUCUUUCAGCGAAGACAAUGGGAGUACUACAAGUUCCACCAGCAACCUUUCUUCCGGAAAGAAGAGAAAGAAAAAGCAAGUGAUCGAUGAUUUGAGUGACUUAGCUGUUUACGUUCAAGGACAAAAGUUCAGGAACUUCUCGUUACCCGAAUCGAAGACGUUCAACCAUUGUUUUUCCCUCAGCGAGAAGACCAUCGAUUUGAUGUUGAAGGACGAAACAAAGCAAAAGUCGGUGGAUAAACACAACAGAAAGUUCUUCAUGAGAGUAUAUCCGUCAAGUAUGAGACUUAGGUCUCUGAAUUUUAUUCCCAUCAGCUACUGGACCCAUGGAGUCCAAAUGGCUGCGACGAACUGGCAGACCUACGAUUUAGGACAGCAGAUAAACGAGGCUCUCUUCGAUGGAAAAGAUAAGGUGGGAUAUUUCCUCAAACCUAAGGACUUUAGAAAGCCAUUGGUCAAGCAUACAAUGAGGAACAUAUUGCAUUUAGAGGAAAAACGGAUCAAGUUCAAUAUCACUAUUAUUAGUGCGCACCAACUCCCCAAACCCAAGAACAAAGAUACGGUUGGCAUAAACCCAUUUGUGAAAUUGGAUGUCAUCGGUGCGCGUGACAUACAUUACGACAACGGUUCAGCUGUAAAUCAAACAUCAAUUGUGGCAGAAAAUGGGUUCAAUCCCACGUGGAAUGAAAGUUUUUCAGGUACUAUGGUUGCAAAUCAGCUUUUGUUCUUGAAGCUUUCGCUUAGAACUAUGGUAUCGAAAGACAAUGACUUGUUACUAGGGGUAUUUGUAUGUCGUUUGGAAAACUUGAAGGGUGGAUACAGGUAUCUUCCCCUCAAUGAUGCCCUCGGCGAGGAGCUCAUCUAUUCUUCACUUCUUGUGCACAUAGCCUACGAUAAGGCCUAG